AUGGAGGCAAAAGGCGUGGUGCUCAAUGGGGGCAAUUGGCCGGCGUGGAGGCUGCAAACAACUAUUAUGCUAAAGGCUCGUGGUUUGUACGAAGUGGUUACCGUUGAAAAGCCAGAAAAGGGGGAUCGAGCCAUGAUUGAGCAGUGGGAGGCCAGGGACAGUAAAGCACAAGAACUCAUCGUGCUACGUGUAGAUGAGGAGGUAUUGAAUUACCUAGCAACAUGUGAAACCAGCAAGGAGAUGUGGGUCAAACUUACCAACCUCUACGAAUCAAAGUCCAAAGUCGGUGUACAUUUGAUCCAACAAAAAUUCUACAAUUUGAAGUAUGAGGGGCCAAUGGCUAAAUUCCUCUCCAACGUAGAAGAAAUAGUAACAAGACUAAAAACCAUGAAAGAAGAAAUCUCAGAGAAGAUGGUUGUCACCAAGAUCAUUAUGAGUCUGCCGAGCAGCUAUAAACACUUCGUGUCAGCAUGGGAGUCGGUUCCGGAGAGCGAGCAAACCAUCAGUAAUUUAUCUGCAAGGCUAUUGGUUGAAGAGGAAAGCUGCAAAGUUGAGGAAGAAGAGGUCACAGCGGCUCUGGUGUCAAAUAGUAAGAAGAAAAUGAGUGAAAAUAAGUGUUACAAUUUUAAGGGAGAUUGCAAAAAUAGAUAA